UAAAGUUGAGUGAGGGAGACUUAAAUAUCAUCAGCAUACAGAUACACAAAACGAAACGAAACGAAAAAAAAGCGAAAAAUUCAACGAUUAAAAUGUAAAAAUAAUAAAUUAUUUGUGAAAUAUCCCGCGGAAGGAAACACCAUCGACCGAGAAUUAAUCGAGAAAAACGACUUGCGAUAAGAAAAAGUGUAAAAAUUAUUAUUAAAAAAAAAAUUGAACUUAGUUCGUGUAUAGUUCGUAUAAAGAGAAUGACGCGUUUUAGUACAACAACCACUUGAGUUUGUUUCACCGUUUCUCGGGCUGGCUGGCAGGCAUGAGUAAUACACUUACUCAUACAAUAAUGGCAAACACAGAGAAAUAUUUUAAAUAAGUACCUCGCCAUUUAUUGCAUUUUUUUUUGCUUUGUCGUGUUUUUGUAAUGUGAGUUUAGUGCAAAAAAUUGCAAUUUUGUGAUGAAAUAAAAAAAAAAAAUUAUCUCAAAAAAAAUUUAAAGCGAAAAUUAAGAAAAAUUCAAUAACAACAAUUUUUUGUAUGUUAGAAGGCACGUUGCCAUGGUAGUUGCCAUAAUAGCCAACAAAACAAAAAGUUCAAAGUGAUUUUCAUUCCACGAAGCUUUACGGAUGAAUUUGCGUCACCGGAGCAAAAUUUCGUGCAAAAAGCACCAAAAAAUUUUGUGAACAAUGUCAAAUCAAAGAUUUUUGUAGUGUAAGACCUCCAUCAUCAUCAUUUAUGCAAAAAAUCAUAAAAAAAAAUUGAAAAGCAUAAAAAUAUUACGUUCCGCCAACACAAAAGCAGAGUAAACGAGGACCUAAGUGAGCAUAAGUAAUGAAAAAAGUGCACGUAAACAGUCAUACAUGUCAUUAUUUGUUCCAGUGAGCACAAAAGAAGAAAAAAAAUCUUAUCUCAACAGCUAAUUCCGACAAGAAAGAAAGGAAUCUACAUGAGAAAGGAAGAAAACGACACAAAAUAAAUAAAGAAUUGUCAAAGUUUUGAAAGAAGAGAAAAGAUAAAUAGUGAAGAAGCAAAAAAAAAAUUGUCAUCAUCAUGAAAGUUACAGUUUGCUUUGGACCAGUACGCGUUGUCGUCCCUUGUGGCAACGGCGAAAUGCUGAUACGAGAACUCAUUCACGAGUCAAUCCGGCGUUACAAGAAAGCAUCCGGCAAGAACGCCGAUUCAUGGGUCGUUGUGCAUCACCUGCAGUCACAAUCGGGCAUUCUCGAUCCCGAUGAUAAAUUAAAUGACGUGGCGGAUGAUCGUGAACAGAUAAUUGCGAGUUAUGACGAUUGCAUCGGGCCGGAUCCCGGUGUACCGCAAGGCGGAGGAGAUGGAGCCAGCGGAAGCUCCGUCGGAACAGGCAGUCCAGAUAUUUUUACGAGGAGCGAAUCAAAAUUCCCGUUAGAAAGUACGCACAUCGAAGUAACGUCGAGCGAACAAACGAACACAAGCGGCUUGGGACUCCAAGUACGACGCGGCAGUGAACCCUCUUUGCAUCAAAUAGGCGAUUCACCGCACCAAUCGAACCAGCCAUAUAUAAAUGUGAGCGGCAACAAUAACACGAGUGGAUCGGGCAAUAACGAUCCAACAAAACGGUGGUCCGCCGCUCCUGUCUGCAGAAGUGACACAGAUCCGCCGGAACGAUUGCUGGCGCAUCACAUUGCCACGCUAAAUGGCACAAAUAUAAGCAGUGCAACGACAACGGUGCCCGAGGUACCCGAAGAAAUUCCGUAUUCGUCGCACAACGAGAGCAGUCACAGCAAUUUUUCGCGCUCGGGACGCUUGUCGAUGCAGUUUUUGGGCGAUGGCGGAGGAUAUAAAUGGUUGGAUGCCGCUGAUAGACUUGCUGCAAACAACACAUCCUUCAACAGCCAUCAGAAUGUGAGCAACUCUCACAGUUAUUACAAUUCGAAAUCUUUGCCGCGUGAGGCGAAACGAAAAGAACCUUUGGGACAAGCAAAUGCGCAUGAAUCGUUAAGAGAAAAAAAUGGCGAGAUGUUGCUAGUCAUCAACGAGCAAGGAAGUCCCUUGGGCCUAACAGCAAUUCCCGAUCCCGAAAACGGAGGACUUUUAGUGCAACAUGUCGAGCCCGGAUCUCGCGCUGAAAAAGGUCGUCUUCGUCGCGGCGACUUAAUUGUCGAAAUCAACAGCAUCCAACUCAUCGGUUUAGGCGACAAAACUAUCCAAGAACAACUCCGACGAAAUCUCCAAUCAUCCGAAUUACGUUUACGCGUCAUUCGUUCGAGCAAAAGCAAGAAUCGGGACAAUCGCGUAUCGAAACUCAUCGAUUCCGAGGGAAAAGUGGAGCAAGAAAAACCAAAAUCCGCAAAUGUAAAGACAAGUCCGAGUCGAAAAGUGCCCGGCGCAACAGCGAGUGCAUCUUUGCAAGUCGCAAACACCCGAAAAUUGGGUCGUAAAAUUGAGAUUAUCCUGAAAAAGGGACCGCAAGGCUUGGGAUUUAGUGUAACGACGCGCGACAAUCCCGCCGGAGGGUAUUGCCCGAUUUACAUCAAGAAUAUUUUACCGAAAGGAGCUGCUGUGGAAGAUGGGCGCUUGAAAUCUGGCGAUCGUUUGUUGGAAGUUGAUGGCGUUACGAUGACUGGCAAGUCCCAAACGGAAGUUGUGGGCAUUUUGAGGGCGACACAGCCCGGAGCGACAGUUCGUUUGAUGGUUUCGCGCCAACAAGAGCUUGCCGAUGUCGAGGAACGUGAAAUAGGAUGUGGCGCCGAGCAACAAGAAACGAAAGAUACGCCGCCAAAACCACCGGCGCCGGUAAUGCCGACAUCAUCAGCACCUGCGAUCUUGAAAAGUCCCUCGAAAACGGUGAAUCCGUUGCCUGUUCCCGAAAAACCGACUUCAACAACUUCGAAUAAAAACGAUCGCCCGGCACAUUUGAACUUAUCGGCAAGUCUUCGACUGAAAAGACGCUCUUCAGGCGGCUCACAAACGUCUCCCGUAUACGCAGGAUUCAAUUUGCAAGACAAUAAUUCAGUUUUUCCAUGGAGAAAUCGCGAAAUUCUAACGUUGCACAUCCCGGUGCACGACACUGAAAAAGCAGGACUUGGAGUAAGUGUCAAAGGAAAGACAGGUUCGCCGAAUAACUCGACGACAGGUGGCAGUGGCAACAGCAACAACGGCGUAAAUUUGAAAAAUGACGGAGAUUUGGGGAUUUUUGUCAAAAGUGUCAUUCACGGAGGAGCUGCGAGUCGCGAUGGGCGUCUAAAAAUGAACGAUCAGUUGUUAAGUGUGAACGGAGUUUCGUUACUGGGACAAUCAAAUGCCGAAGCAAUGGAUACACUUCGACGUGCAAUGCUCCAUACGGGCGGAAAAUACCCCGGAAGUAUAACUUUGACGGUUGCACGACGAAUUUCCAGACCCGCAAGUAUCGGAGACCCGCUCGAAGGCGAUCACAAUAGCACCACGAGCGAAAAUUCGGGAGCGACAGUCGUUUAUUUGAACUCCAGCGACACAAAAGACAAGUUAAAUGCCUCCGACAGCAGUAUGAAUCGCUGGAGUAAUCCCGUUCUCGAUCGUCUAACAGGCGGAACGGGUUGCGUACCGGGAAGUGCUCGUCCCACGAUGAAACCAUCGACAUCGGCGAUGCGAAAUGAAAGUUAUUACAUGGCAACGAACGAGACUUGGAGUCCCACGGGCUUGCAACUCAACGGAAAUAGUGCCGUUUUGAUCGAAGAAGAUCCCGAACCGACAUCGCCGACGUUGUUGCCGAAUCAUCGCAUCAACGAGUCGCACAACAAGACAAAUCUUUCGCAAUUUUCCAUGCAAAAUGGCGAUGUUGCCUACGACUCACAGCUAUCGCUCGAAACAAACCCCUCUGUGGAUGCCUUUAAUCGUGACGCUAUCGGACGACGAAGUAUGUCGGAGAAACAUCAUGCAGCGCUCGAUGCUAAGGAGACAGGAACGUAUCAACGAAACAAAAAGUUGCGUGAGGAACGUGAACGACGCGAGAAACUCAAGAUGGCGCUGAGUGGUUCGAUGGAAUCUGUCACAGAUGCCGUGAGAAAUAGCAAAAAUUUGUCGAAAACGGGCGAUUUGAGGGGCGAGGAAGCUGAUAAAGUAACAGAUUUGGGACCGUCGUUGGGAUUGAAGAAAUCCUCGAGUUUGGAGUCACUUCAAACGAUGGUGCAAGAGAUUCAAAUGUCUGACGAACCCCGAGGUCCCGUGUCGCUGAAGACUCCGCGAGGUCCCGGAAGAGCAGAACAAUUGAGAGCUGUUGUCGAGGGACCGUCACAGGAUUCAAAACCCCGCAAACACUGGUUACUCGAAGAAGCGGAUCAAGAAGGAGGUUUCACGAAUCGCAAUAGUCCCUUCCAAUCAUCUUUGAACGAUCCAAAACGCAGCAAACAGAAGAAACCAGGCCUGUUCAAAGGUAUCGGGCACAUGUUCCGUUUCGGAAAGCAUCGUAAAGACGGCGUAGCUCCCGUUCAACCGCCAAUUUCGAAUCCGACGCCCGUUGCUGCGGUCCAACAAGACAUCGGGGGCCUCAUAAAGCCCGAAUCGAACGGAUGGCUGAGCAAAAGUGACGAAGAUACGCGAAAACAUGCAAACGCAACACUUCCCGCGGUGCACGGACAUCAAAGAUCGUCGCCAGCUGUCAUCACGACACAACCAAAAGAGCGAAAUGGACCUCCGCAAUACGUUAGUCCGCCUCCCGCGCCCACAGCAAACGCAAAUCCGGCGAAUUCAACGACACUCGUGAACGGACAACCAACUGCCAUACACCAAAAUGACCUUUUUAAUCAUCGGUAUUCGCAUUAUGUGAACUACGACGAGUUGCAGCAUCAUUUGAGUCGCCGGCAUCACAUUUACCAUUCAACGCGAUCGACACGUGAAUUAUCAACACACCAUGCCAACCAUUCCGGAUCCGGAACCUCAACGCUCGGGCAUAAUUUCAAUUCUCGUCCCAUUUCCACUUACUACGAAUACGAAACGGCAACAUUUCAACCGCAAGGCUCCUUCCGUAAAGUCAGCAACUCACCGAUCAUCUCCGUCCAACACAACAAAGUUUUGCACCAUCAACAGCUCCAACAGCAGUAUCCGCAAUGGAAUAACAACAAUAACAGCACACCGGGCAGCUCCAUCAAGAAUCGCGGGCCAUUUGUCACGCAAGUAACGAUUCGCGAUCAAAAUUCGUCGGGCAACAACAACCAACCGCCCGCUUCCAAAGUAUGACUAUAGGAUUGGCUGGACGAGCAUGUACGCGAAAAAUUAAUUUAACGGAACAAAGUACUUAGAAAUUUUGUGAAAAAAAAUGUGUUUCAACUUUUUCUCUUGUAACUGUGAUCUUUACGUAAGAAAAUCUUAAAAAAAAAAAUAUUUUCAAAAAUUUAAAAUUAUUAGGAAAGGGAAAGAAAACAGUAUGAUUUGUAUAAAUGCUAAAGAAAAAAUUAUAAAUAUUAAUUAAUUAAAUUUAACAGAAAAAACUUAGAAAAUAGGAAAAACAUGUAUUAUUAAUUAAAAUAU